CGAGUACAGUUUGCGACUACUCUGACCGAUAUCUUUCGAAUCGAGCUGUCUCGCUCGUUUGCAGCAGGUGUUCAGGGUUCUUAUCUUAACGUUAUCCGCUUCCAUCAGUUGCAACUGAGAGCACCGUUAUAUCGCAGCAACAUCGUCGCCUCGUGACCAUCGGAAAACAUUCCAAGCAUACUCUAUGCAAUUUCGUAUCUCACAGUAGCGCCUCGUCACGAGAAAUUGACGACGACACGAAGUAGUAGAAUUUUUAAAAAGAUCGCGGGCGACGGAAGCUCAGGCAAUACGCGGCCCAUCGGCUGCAAGGGAGACUUUUUGUUGGAUCACCAUGGAAAACGGACCCAUAGAUGCAGGUCCGCCUGAUGAAUCCGAUGGCGCUCCUGGCCGGACGUUCCUGCCCUCAGAUGAUCGUCCUGAUUCGCAAGGACGGUCUGUCGCACAAGAUCCGUCCGUCCGCAAAGUUUCAGCGCCCGACGAACCUGAUGGCAGCUAUGAUGACGAACUCAAGACAGACGAUUACGACAAGAGUCAAGGGCCGGAUGCCAUAGCACGAGAUCUUCCUAUGUUCACGCGGGUUGGUGCAACAAAGGAAGAAAUAGCCGGCAUAGUCUCAUUUGAAGACGACGAACAUCUGAAGACCAAGUCUUUCGACGUGAGAGAGGUCGAGAAUGGCCAUUCACACCCGCACAGAAUGUACAAAUUCACGCUUUAUGAGACAAAUGCGCGAUACUGGAUUACUGGUGCAGACAUCACAGACAAGUCAUUUCGCAUGCUUCGCAUAGACAGGACUUCUGCGCCAGGUCAAAUUGCACUAUUCGAGGAUGAAACCGUAUACGAUCGAGACCAGCUGAACGACGUUCUCACUGCCAUCGAUCAGGGCAACAAGGCCACCAAUGGACUUCGGAAAAAGUACAGCUUUUGGGGAAUUCUGGGGUUCAUCCGCUUCACCGAGGCCUACUACAUGUUACUCAUCACAAAGCGGAAGCAGGUCGCCAUGAUUGGUGGUCAUUAUGUCUAUCAGAUCGAGAGUACAGAAAUGGUACCAUUGUCGACAGGGUCAAGCAGCUCAUUUCUGAGGGAUCGAAAUCCAGAAGAAGCUCGCUUCCUUAGCAUCAUGAACAAUGUUGAUCUCAGCAAGUCAUUCUACUUUAGCUAUACCUACGAUAUCACCCACUCCCUCCAGAACAACAUCAUUCGCAUGCGGAAUUCUAUCCAUGAAGGGCAUCAUCACGCCACGUCUCAUGACUACAACGGUAUGUUCGUGUGGAACAACCAUCUACUCAAGCCCGCAGUACAGGCACUGAAGCAUCCAUAUGAUUGGUGCCAACCCAUCAUUCACGGUUUUCUGGACCAGGCUUCGCUGGACAUAUUUGGGCGUACAGUAUACGUCACCAUCAUCGGUCGACGCUCACGAUUCUUCGCGGGAGCUCGAUUUCUCAAACGUGGGAUCAACGAUUUAGGAUAUGUGGCGAAUGACGUGGAGACAGAACAGAUCGUCGCGGAAAAGGUCACGACAUCUUUUCAUGCUCCGGGCUUGGGACUGUAUGCCAACCCUACGUACACUUCAUACUUGCACCACAGGGGCAGCAUCCCGCUUUAUUGGAGUCAGGACAGCAGUGGCGUCACUCCCAAACCCGCCAUCGAUGUGCAUCUCAAUGAUCCCUAUUAUGUGGCCGCGGCGCAGCAUUUCGAUAAUCUCUUCGAGAGAUAUGGUGGCCCUGUCUAUGCUCUCAAUCUGGUCAAGCAAAAGGAAAAGGUGCCUCGUGAGUCCAAGCUGCUCGAUGAGUACAAGAAGUGUCUGGAUUAUCUCAACAGCUCGCUGCCUGGGGGCAAGAAGAUCAUCUACGAAGCCUACGAUAUGAGCAGGGCUGCUAAGACACGCUCUUCGAAUGUCAUCAGUGGACUGGAGACCAUCGCUCGGGCCAUCCUAGAUCGGACCGGGUUCUUUCACAAUGGCGAUGAGGACGCUCAGCUACAGAACGGGAUAGCGAGAACGAAUUGUAUCGAUUGUCUCGACCGGACUAAUGCAGCUCAGUUUGUGAUUGGCAAACAUGCUUUUGCUCUGCAGCUCCGGGCACUUGGCGUCAUCACGUCCGAAGAGAUAGCGUACGACACCGACGCCAUAAACUUGUUUACUGGGAUGUUUCAUGACCAUGGCGACAACAUUGCUAUGCAGUAUGCCGGCUCGCACCUUGUCAAUACAAUGGCCACAUAUCGCAAACUCAGCCAUUGGCAAAGCUCCUCGCGAGAUAUGGUGGAGAGCUUCAAGCGUUACUACCACAACUCAUUCCUGGACAGUCAACGUCAGGAGGCCUACAACCUUUUCCUUGGAAAUUAUGUGUGGGCGCAGGGUCAACCGAUGUUGUGGGAUCUUUCAACGGAUUAUCAUCUACAUCACAGCGAUCCACGUGGCUGGCUCGAGCGGCACAGGCGAAAAUACACAGAUUGGUAUACUCCCGAAUUUAUCGAGCCUCGGACCAUGCCCGCAGCCCCACGUGGAGAUCAAGCCCUUACAUCCAAGCAGUGCGUGCCAGAGUAUGAUGACUACUGGAGGGAGUGUUAUCGGCCGACAGCACUUUCGUCACUGCAGAAAGUAUAUUCUUACAAGGUUUCUUCCAUGCCAAGAUUCCUCCACGAUCGAACACAUAGUGAAACCAAAUACGAUUUCAGUCCGUUUGUCCCGCGAGUGGACCCUCAUAAACAUCAACAACAUCACCAGAACGGCAGUGAGUCGCCCAACAAGAAGCCGGCCAAGAAGGGCGUCAAGAUCAUCGCGCCGCAGGAGGAAUUGAAUUUGUCAAACUCACCAGCCCUCCCAGUCCCACCAAGUGCUGAUACAUAUCGAGGUCCUGCCCCUGAUGAGAUAGCGAGCAUACUGCGAGGUUCAGUCUACGACAGACCGAACGCCAACGCACAACGAAAUGCCGGCCCACCCGUGCGGCCGGCAGACAAAGGUCAAAUGCAUCUGUGGACACUGAAUCAAUUCCACACCCAGUCCCUCAAUCCCCAUGUUCCCGAACACGAGGCGUGGGAAUACGAACGCUACAUCGCCCACCCAUUGAAUCUUCCCCUGGUAGUGUCCUCCGAGGAUCCCUCAGAUGCCAACAUUGAUUUUGUCGAGUACGUCCACAAAGCCGGCGGGAUGUUAUAUCGCGGCUCCGCGGACGACGAGGAGGGGGUCUUCGCGGCAGGCAUCCGCGACGCGGAUUUACAGGCUUAUUGGAACUAUGUCGAAGAUGUGCCUGAUGAUCCGCUCACGGUUUUCGAGGAUGAUCUCGUCGAUAAGAAGCGGUACAAGGCCUAUCGCCAGUGGCUUAAGGGGAAGAGUUUGUUCAAGCAGAGUAAGGUUGAUCCGGAGUAUCGGAGUGCCUGAUCGGGCUAUGAACUGACGUUUUGAUGACUGUUGAUUGCUUGCUUGCUCUUAAGUAUCAUUGCUAUGUAUUUUAAUAUCAGAGGAUUGAAAAUACACUUUGGAAG